AUGGCUGUGGAGAUUGAGCAACCAUCCGUUAGAUUGUCAAGAGUUGCAGUCUCUGAAACUCAUGGAGAAGACUCCCCAUAUUUUGCAGGAUGGAAAGCUUACGAUGAAAACCCUUACGAUGAACUAAGCAACCCAUCUGGAGUUAUCCAGAUGGGUUUAGCAGAAAACCAAGUUUCAUUUGAUUUGCUGGAAGAAUACCUGGAGCAGCAUUCGGAAGUGGCUAGCUGGGGCAAGAAAGUUUCUGGGUUCAGAGAGAAUGCCUUGUUCCAGGAUUACCACGGAUUGCUGUCUUUCAGAAAGGCAAUGGCCAGCUUCAUGGGAGAGGUAAGAGAGGGAAGAGCAAGCUUCGACCCUGAUAGGAUUGUGUUAACAGCUGGCGCCACUGCCGCUAACGAGCUCCUAACGUUCAUUUUGGCCAAUCCCGGCGAUGCUUUGCUUGUUCCGACUCCUUACUAUCCUGGAUUUGAUAGAGAUUUGAGGUGGAGAACAGGCGUCAAAAUCGUACCGAUUCACUGCGACAGUUCCAACAAUUUCCAAGUCACUGCCGAAGCUCUGGAAGCUGCAUACAGAAGCGCAGAAGCCAUGAGCGUCAAAGUGAGCGCUGUUCUCAUCACAAAUCCAUCGAAUCCAUUAGGCAUCACCAUUGAUCGACCGGUCCUCGACGAGAUUCUCAACUUCGUCGGCCGGAAGAACAUCCACCUCGUCUCCGACGAGAUCUACUCCGGCUCCGUCUUCUCCUCCGGCGAAUUCGUCAGCGUCGCCGAGGUCCUCCAAUCCCGAGAUUUUAAAGACGCCGAGCGCGUCCACAUUGUUUACAGCCUCUCCAAAGAUCUCGGCCUGCCGGGAUUCAGAGUCGGCACGAUCUAUUCGUACAACGACGCAGUCGUGAAUACGGCGAGGAGAAUGUCGAGCUUCACUCUGAUCUCGUCGCAGACGCAGCAGCUCCUGGCCGCCAUGCUGUCCGACGACGAGUUCACGAAAAAUUACGUGAGAACGAACCGGGAGAGGCUGAGGAAGAGGUACGAGAAGAUCAUAUUGGGGCUUAGAAAUGGCGGAAUCGAGUGCUUGAAGGGGAACGCCGGCUUGUUUUGCUGGAUGAAUUUGAAGCCCUUGCUGGAGAAUGCUACGAGAGAGAGUGAAUUGAAGCUCUGGAAAUCGAUCUUGAAUGAGGCGAAGCUGAACAUUUCUCCGGGCUCGUCCUGCCAUUGCUCCGAACCAGGCUGGUUUAGGGUUUGCUUUGCCAACAUGAGCGAGAAGACGCUGGAAGUGGCUCUCAAGAGAAUCCAUAAUCUCAUGGAAAAUACGAAAAUAAGCCUUCACAAUGUUAUCUCUUUUUAG